AUGGCGACCUCCGACCUCUCUCGCGUGUCUCUUUCGUCUUCGACGGCUUCUGUCCCUUCGUCUUCUCUCUUUGCGCGCUCCCAAGCCGCGCCGUUUGUCUUGCAGGCGUACUCGAGCUGGUGGGAUCCGGCCCCCACAUCGGCGGACUGUCCUCGCGAAGGCGAUUCACAGGCCUUGACAGAACGGAAGGACGACGACGAGGCAGGGAAGCACUCUGCCGGCUCAGCGGACUGCAGUGCGCCAACAGAAAUUGAACGCCGGCGGCGCCUCGCGCGCCUGCGCCGGGACUUUGAUUCUGCUUCCUUUUGGGUAGUCGACAGCUGCGGUCCUGCGGCCAGUCGGUCCUCCGCGUGCUCCAGUUCGUCUCUGUUCCCGGCGUGCACAUCCCGGUCGUCUCCCGAGCAAAGCGGCGACGCGAACGCAGAGGAAACGCGUGGCGGCCGCCACCACACAGGGGCCUCCAAACCAGCGGGUGCCGACCGAGGAGAAUCAGAAAGUGGUGUCGCAGAGACCGUGCAGGGGUCAGACGGUGACGUCGGCGGGCGGGACAGUGGCGGGGAAGACGUUCUCCCUCCGCUGUUUCGCCUCCUUCUGAAGCACAGCUGCAACUUGACUCUCGUCGGCAAGCGCCUGUGCGCGUCGGACCUGCUCCUCCGGCCUCUGGCAGUCGUGCACGCGCCAGCCAGCGAGCAGAAACGAAAUGCCGACGCGCAGCAAGCGCCCGAAGAAGGCAACCUGACAGGGGGAAGACAGAAGCCGCGACCGGACGAAGGCGGGCGGGAUUUGGCUCGCUGGCAGCAGCUCCUCGUCGCAGAGCAGAGCACCGGCAAGUCAGCGAAAGGAGAGGAAGGCCCCACGGAAGGAUUUGCGCGUAGCAGUGUGCCGGCGCUUGCUUCUCCGAGUGAAUAUGGCAGUUCACUGUACCUACGCCACAUUACCUUGAAUAUCCCGGCCUCGUCGCCUCUCGCUUCACCGGGCGCGUUCACUUCCGGGGAGAGAGAGGAGGCGCCCUCCGCAGCGCCGCGCGAGGGCGCGCAAAGAGAGGCAUCGGAAAAGGAGACCUCGCUCAGCGUGGAGGCCAUCCAGAAGGCGCCUGGCGUUCCCGCGUUGGGGCCCGUGUUCUCGUACGGACUUCUGCUGGUGCAGCUCGAGGCGCUGCCUGAGAAAGUCCGCGCCGAGGUGCUUCGCGCAGCGACGCCCUUUGGCCGGCUUCUGGAGGACAACGGCGUCUGCCGACGCGUCUGCGUGGAGGCGAAGCUCCACAUUCACAUGAGUCGGUCGUUUUUCGACGUUGAGCCGCGCGGGCACGUCGUCGAGGCAGAAGCGAAGCGCCAGGACGCAAAUGGGGGAGAGCUGGUCGCCCGCAGUCACGAAACUCCGCGGCGGGAGGGGUGCAUAUGCGUCUUCGUGCCGCCAGCGAACAAUGCGCCGGGAAGGGAGGACCAAACCUGCACUUUCGGGCGAUGGUCUCUGAUGCUGUGUAACAACAGGCCAGCGGCUCGCGUGCUGGAGAUUCUGAACGCCUCUCUGCUUCUGCGGGCCGCCGUUCGGGCACGCCGACUCGACAAGGAGCGCGAAACACGCGCUGAACCCCGCACGGGGGCAGACGCCGGCGAGAGAGGAACGCCGGCUUGCUCAAGGAAUGCCUCACGGCCACACUCCAAGAUUUCUCUGGCUGAAGAAGAGGCUGUCCUCGCGCACCUAAAUCAGGUCUGCCUCUGCUCGGCGCAAGAUUGCCCUGUUCAUCGCGAGUGGUUAGAGAUCCCCUCUGUCUGGGGCCCGCCCGCAGGCUUCUCUGCAGCUGACUCGCGGUGUGCGGCCACAGCGAAGCAAGCAGGUCAACACGAGACGACACAAGCCGAUACGACAGAAACGUGCUUCAACUGUAACAGCGCUCUGUGCGUUGAAAUGUUCCGCAGAGACUAA